CACAACCUCGAGAGUGAGACACUAAAAAAUUAUUCAAAUCGAAUUCCGACGUCUCAAACAAGCAAACCUUGUCGUUCUUAUCCAAUCCAAGCAUUCAGCGAGAGAGAUGCUCAGAGCUCUCUCCAGACGAUCAUGGAGCUUCCCAACCUCCUCGCACACCCACACCCACCAGCGUCUCAUGGCCUUCGCUGCCGGAGCGCUUCCCGACGGCGUUGAUCGGAGUUCGGACUCAUUCACUCGCAACUCCGCCGCUGUGAAACAGCUCAUCUCUGAUCUCCAAUCCCGCAUUCGAAAGGUUCUUAGUGGAGGAGGGGUGGAGGCUGUGAAGCGGAACAGGAGCCGGAACAAGCUCCUGCCGAGGGAACGGAUCGAUCGCAUGAUUGAUCCUGGAUCAUCUUUCCUUGAGUUAUCUCAGCUUGCAGGACAUGACCUUUAUGAGGACUCGUUACCAUCUGGUGGAAUUAUCACUGGAAUUGGACCGGUUCAUGGACGUUUGUGCAUGUUUGUUGCUAAUGACCCUACUGUGAAGGGAGGUACAUACUAUCCUAUUACUGUCAAGAAGCAUCUUAGGGCUCAAGAAAUUGCCUCACAGUGCAGCUUGCCAUGUGUAUAUCUUGUUGAUAGUGGAGGUGCUAAUCUUCCAAGACAAGCUGAAGUCUUUCCUGAUCGAGAUAAUUUUGGAAGAAUCUUUUACAACCAAGCAAAAAUGUCUGCCGAUGGUAUCCCUCAGAUAGCUCUAGUUUUGGGUUCUUGCACUGCCGGGGGUGCUUAUAUACCAGCUAUGGCUGAUGAAAGUGUAAUAGUGAAAGGGAAUGGUACAAUUUUUUUAGCUGGUCCUCCACUUGUGAAGGCUGCUACAGGAGAAACAGUUUCUGCUGAAGAUUUAGGGGGCGCAUCAUUGCAUUGUAAAGUAUCAGGAGUUGCAGAUCACUUUGCAGAUGAUGAACUUCAUGGUCUGGAGAUUGGGAGAAAUGUUAUCAAGAACUUGUACAUGGCUGGCAAAGGGAUAAAUAGUCCUCCAAGUGAUAUUUCUGAUUACAAAGAGCCAUUACAUGAUGUGGAGGAACUACGUUCCAUUGCACCAACUGAUCAGAAGCAGCCCCUUGAUAUUCGAUCAGUUAUUGCUCGGAUUGUAGAUGGCAGUGAAUUUGACGAGUUCAAAAAAUUAUAUGGCACUACACUGGUAACAGGUUUUGCAAGAAUCUUUGGACAGCCUGUUGGAAUAAUAGGAAACAAUGGCAUAUUAUUUACUGAAUCUGCUCUAAAAGGCUCUCACUUCAUUGAGUUAUGUGCACAACGUAAUAUACCUUUGAUAUUUCUUCAAAAUAUAACUGGGUUUAUGGUUGGGUCAAGAUCUGAGGCAAAUGGUAUUGCCAAAGCUGGAGCUAAAAUGGUCAUGGCGGUUUCCUGUGCCAAGAUUCCAAAAAUAACAAUAAUUGUCGGUGGAAGUUUUGGUGCUGGGAACUAUGGGAUGUGUGGUCGUGCAUAUAGUCCUAACUUUUUGUUCAUGUGGCCUACUGCCAAAAUUUCUGUCAUGGGUGGUAAUCAGGCAGCUGGUGUCCUGGCCCAGAUAGAAAGGAGCAACAAGAAGAGGCAAGGAAUUGAGUGGAGUGAAGAAGACGAAGAACAAUUCAAAGCCCGGGUUGUGGAAGCAUACGAAAAAGAAGCGAGCCCAUAUUAUUCUACAGCAAGGCUCUGGGACGACGGCAUCAUAGACCCCGCAGACACUAGAAAAGUACUGGGUUUGUGCUUAUCAGCCUCCAUCAAAAACACUCCAGAGGCUACAAAAUUUGGUGUUUUCAGAAUGUGACUUUGGAACAGGCAUAUAAGUUUGUUCUCUCCCUUGUAAAGUUUCAUUCUGUCAUACACCAUAAUGUAUUUAUGACAAUUUCAAAAUUUAAAAUAAAUGGUUUGUUUGUGCUUAACAAAUCUCUAUAAAAGAAACAAGAUUUGUUCA